AUGGCGACGACCAACCCAUCGACCGAUUCGGCCGACCGCAAUGAGGGGGGAGCCCAAGACAUCAACACCGGCGCAGGUGUCGCGCUCGAGAAAGGACCGGCAGUCGCGGGGAACGACGGCGUGCAGGAAUUUCCCGAGGGCGGUGUUCGGGCCUGGAUGGUCGCAACGGGGACGGCCUUGAUCAUGUUCAGCACGCUCGGAUAUGUCAACUCUUGGGGGGUGUUCCAAGCCUACUACGAGACACACCAGCUGAGCGACCACAGCCCGGACCAGAUCGCAUGGAUUGGUUCGCUUCAGGGCUUCUUCAUCUUCGCUGGCGGGCUCGUUGGCGGGCCCAUGUUUGACCGAUGGGGUGCCAAGGUCAUUCGGCCCGGUGCCUUGCUGUACGUCCUUUCACAGAUGCUGACCAGCCUCUGCAAGAAAUACUGGCAGUUCAUGCUCGCUCAGGGCGUCAUGGGCGGCAUCUCGCUCGGCUUGACCAUGUGCCCGUCCAUGGCAGCAACACCGCAGUACUUCAACCAGAAGCGAGCGGCUGCCAUGGGCAUGGCCAUCGCUGGGUCGUCCAUCGGCGGCGUGAUAUGGCCGAUCGCGCUGUCCAAGAUGCUCAACAGCAGCAGCCUUGGCUUCGGCUGGUCCGUCCGCAUCGUCGGCUUCAUCCUGCUCGGCGUGCUGACCUACGCCACGCUGGCCAUCAAGGCCCGCCUCCCGCCGCGCAAGUCCGGCUUUCUCUUGCCCGGCGCCUUCAAGGAGCCCGUCUACACCGUCAGCAUCGUGGCGUGCUUCUUCCUCUUCAUGGGCAUGUUCACGCCCUUCUUCUUCCUGCCGACCUACGCCGUGACCAAGGGCAUGAACCAGACGCUGGCCGGCUACCUGCUCGCCAUCCUGAACGGCGCGUCCUUCCCGGGCCGGGUCGUCCCGGGGAUCCUGGCCGACAAGCUCGGGCGCUUCAACAUGUUCUUCUUCUCGGCGCUCGCGUCGGGCGUCAUCACGCUGUGCUGGACCAAGUGCGAGUCCAACGCCAGCAUCAUCGUCUUCGCCGUCUUCUUCGGCUUCGCCUCGGGCGCCAUCGUCUCCGGCGCCAGCGUCACCCUCGCCUCGUGCCCCAAGGACCCCCGGAACAUCGGCACGUACAUGGGCAUGGGCCUGUUCGUGGCCUCGUUUGCCGCCCUCAUCAGCCCGCCCAUCAACGGUGCGCUGGUCAAGAAGAACGAUGGCGUGCUGCACAUGUCCAUCCUGAGCGGCGUCCUGGUGCUUUUCGGUUCUUGUGUCGUGCUUGUCGCCAAGGCCGUAAGCCCCGCCGGCAUCUGGUCCAGGACCUAA